AAAAUCCACGGAAGAAAGGAAAAAGAAAACAAAAACCCAUCCACACCCACACUCGCCGGAGCGACGCCAAGCAACACCAUCAUCGCCUCCGGCAGGCAACCCCAGUCUCCCCAUCGUCACCUCCAGCUACUUCACUCCCCCACCCUCCGCCGCCGGUGCUGCGCCGCUUGCUCGCCGCCCCCUAGAGCGGGCGGGGGACCACCAGGUACACCACUCCGUCCGUGCCUGGUGUUGUCUUCCCCUCGCUCCUCUUCCGGCUCUCUGAUUCGACCCGCGCGCCGGAGCUGGGAGGGAGGAAACCAGAUGCUGUUCUGUUGCUCUCUCUCGCCCCCAGGAAUCCAAACUUAUCCGCUCCCACCAUUCCAGCAGCAGAGCAGCUCCCCGCGGAAAGUACGCAGCUCCGGCCGGCACAAGAGCAGCAAGGCCGAGCAUCAAUAUUUCAGGGCGCAAUCUUUCCGGGCGCGGGCCAGGGACCAACCUUUGCGUGCUCAAGCGCAUCCAGAUGGUGGCUACGGCCCUCCGGAGCAAGACCCUGAGGCCGAGGGGCACUCGCCAGGCUCCCCGGACGCGGAGACGCUUGCUUCCUGGUUGCGUUCUUGCGGCACCGUGGCCGAUGUUCGGCGAGUGCACGGGGUUGCUGUGCGGUCGCCAGAUGGUCCGGGGAUUUUUCUGGCUAAUAAUUUGAUCACUUCAUAUGUGAGGUCCCGUGAGAUUUCAGACGCGAGGAAGGUGUUUGAUGAAAUGCCUGACAGGACCGUUGUGUCGUGGACGGCUAUGAUGAAUGGGUAUCUGAAGUCGGGCAACUACAGUGAGGUCGUCAGGCUGUUCUUGGACAUGAUGGCCAGCGGGGAGCGAGGUAACAGCUUGAGUUUCGUUUGCUUGCUGAAGUCUUGUGGUGAGCAAUCCAAUGCUAAGCUAGGGCAGCAGGUCCAUUGUUGUGUUGUGAAAGGAGGGUGGAGCAAUGUGAUUCUGGAUAGUGCCGUUGCACACUUCUAUGCUCAGUGUGGUGAUGUUGCCAGUGCUUCAAUGAUGUUCGAUAAGAUGACCUCUCGUGAUGUCAUCUCGUGGACAACAAUGAUCACGGCUUAUGUGCAGCAUGGGCAUGGGGAUAAGGCCCUUCAGAUGUUUCCGGCGAUGUUCUCUGAGGGAUUUCACCCUAAUGAGUUCACCGUGUGCAGCAUCCUCAAAGCUUGCGCAGAAGAGAAGGCUCUAAGAUGUGGGAAGCAGCUGCAUGGUGCUCUUGUGAAGAAGUUGUUCAAAAAUGACAUCCAUGUCGGCAGUGCUCUUGUUACCAUGUAUGCCAGAAACAGGCAAGUGUCUGAUGCUCAGGCAGUGUUUGAUAUGAUGCCUAGAAGAAACACUAUUACAUGGACUUCUCUGAUCUCGGGCUAUGCGCAGAGUAGCCAGGCUGAAAAGGCUAUCAUGUUGUUUCGACAGAUGAAGACGCGACGGGUGUCUGUUAACAACCUUACCAUUGUUGGUCUUCUUAGUGCCUGUGGCUCCAUAAGAUCACUCAGUCUUGGUAAGGAACUGCAUGCACAGGUAAUAAAGAAUUCCAUUCAAGAGAAUCUUCAAAUUGGGAGUACGCUUGUUUGGUGCUACUGUAAAUGUGGAGAGUAUACAUAUGCUGCACGAAUUCUGGAAGAAAUGCCAGACCGUGAUGCUGUCUCGUGGACAGCUAUGAUUUCAGGCUACAAUAGCGUUGGUCAUAGUGCCGAAGCACUUAAGUCAUUAGAUGAUAUGUUAUGGGAUGGUGUGACUCCAAAUACCUACACUUAUUCCUCCGCUUUGAAAGCCUGUGCGAAACUAGAGGCUCUGCAAGAUGGAAGGAGGAUUCACGGUGUUGUUAACAAGACUCCUGCCUUUUCAGAUGUGUUUGUGGGAAGCUCAUUGAUCGAUAUGUACAUGAGGUGUGGAAAAGUUGACGAAGCUCGACGAGUCUUCAACGCCAUGCCAGAACACAACUUAGUAACAUGGAAAGUGAUUAUUACAGGAUUUGCUCAGAAUGGCCUCUGUGAAGAGGCUUUUAAGUAUAUGUACCUAAUGCAGCAACAAGGGCAUGAUGCUGAUGACUUUAUGCUUUCAAAAGUUCUGACAUCAUGUGGUGAUCUUCAAUGGAAGUCAGACUCCAUCUCUUUUUCUGGCUCGAAUACUGGUUCACUCAGAUAGCCGGCCUUAGAAAGUCAGACGGAGAGUCAUGCAAAGGGCUUACAGAUGCAAAAACAUGGCAGUUACAGAAACGGCCAAUCUGGAUGCUGCAGAGGAAAAGGUAAAGAUAAUUAAAUCUGGGUUUGAUCUAGUUUUGGAUAGACUGAUGGUGUUCGGUAAUGAGGAAUGAUACUGUGGCAGCAAAAAGAAAGAAUGCUACAAGAAUAUCUGCCCUUUCCUUGUUCUAAUUUCUUUUAUUUUACAUCAACUUUUUUUUAAUAUGUAAAGAAGUAAAAAAUUCCCAAAUUGAUAAAUCUCAUGAAUGCUUUCAGAUGCAUAAUAUAAUCUUUGUUUUGAGGCUCGUUUUCUUGACUUUUGACUGUGCUCAUCUUGCCCUAAUCUCGAGUCCAGGCCACAACCUGGAAAUGACAGCCUUUUCCUUAUGGUAUGGCAGCACAUUACACAAACACAAGUAACCCAUUAUACCUUAAUACUGAUUUUGGUGCAGCAUCACCAAGCAGCUUUGCCUACACCUUAUGGCAGCACAAAUGGGUCACUAACUUGAGUACAAAGUGAUGGUUCUGAUGCUGCAAAGCUGCAGCUUUUUAGUAGCAUAUUCAGCCAUAUUUAUAGAGUACAAGUCAUUUUGUUCUAAUGGACUUUGGCUACUGAACCUGGACAGGUUCAAUCUGCUUCUAGUGCUCAUCAAGUGAGCUGCAAAAUAUCUAAAUUAUAGCCUACAAAGCGUAGUGUGUGUUCAGGCACACAUUUAUAGAAGAAACUAGAUUUUGCUACUAGAACAGCCAAGCAAAAAAUAAUAAUCAAUACUUGUCUUUACGGAUGGGAACUCUAUUUAUUUAGGCAAUUCCUCAUAUCUGAUGCACUCGACAGCUACCAUGGUUGGUUUGCCUUUUGCUUUGAGUUGCCUGCAAAUACAUAUCACCUGUUGCAAUGCCAUGACAUUCCAAUUAUGGUUCAUCUCUGUCCUAAUGUGUUUCCCAUCAGGGUUUUUUUACCAAAGAAAAGGGGUAAAUACAAUAAAAAGCAGGCUUAAUUAGCUUAAUAACAUAGCUGAACUGUGUAGGUUCCAAGUAAUGUCAGCGUUGGGACUUCACCAAGGGGGCUUGCGCAUUAUUGUUAUGUCCAACACCUUGGUGUUCUUGAAUGAUCUGUUGCAUCUGAAAUUUAUUUGGUGCCUGUGAGAAAGAUUCUAUAGAAGAAGAUGCAGUGUAACAUAAUCAUUAUAGGCAAUAACAAUACAAAAGCAUGCUUCAGUUGCGAUGUUCGUGCCAUGCAUUGUGCUGGUUCAACAGCUUUUUAUGUUGCUUAAGCAUGCUACUUAAGUACUACACUGCAGUAACAUCAUUCGUAUCUAAUGAGACACCAGUGUUGUGUAUUGAUCAACGUAAUACAUCUCAAGCGAAAGGCG